AUGGGACUGGUGGCUUUUAGUUGUGUUGGCUUUCUGCUGCUGAUUGCAGUUGGCUUGUCUGUGGAGACAUUGUUAAGAUAUCAACAAGGCCAAGAUCCUCUGUCAAUCCAUCAGCAACAACCACCAGUUUUUAGCUCCCAGCAAGCUGUUCAGGAUCCACAAGCAUCAGCUUAUUUUUGGUCUCCAAGAUCUGCGUUGAGUUCUGCUGGGGUAGAUCCUAGGAAGGUCCUUCAAGCGUCUGGGAAUACUCAGUCCAAGCAGCUAAUGCAGGGUCCUGUGGUGCCUUUAACCUGGCAUUAUCCUGUCUUUGCAGAAGAAGCCCAACAGCCAGCUGUACCAUUUGAGCUGCGGAUACCUGCCCCUGCCCAGAGUGUUGCAGCACAAUGUGGAGAGCGCUUUGUGCAUGUGGAGGUUAAGAAGGACUUCUUUGGGACUGGCCAGCUGAUAAAUCCUUCAUUCCUCAGUUUAGGAGGCUGUGGAGCUGUAGGUGAGGAUCCAGAUGCUCAAGUGUUCAUCUUUGAAAAUGAACUCCAGGCAUGUGGCAGCUCUCUGAUGAUGACUGACCGUGAGCUUGUGUACACCUUCACCCUCCUUUACACUCCUGAGGCUUUAGUUGGAACUCCCAUUAUAAGAGCUGAUGCGGUUGCUGUUGGAAUUGAAUGCCAUUAUUCCAGGCUGCAAAAUGUAAGCAGUAAUGUCUUGAUGCCCUCCUGGGUUCCUUUUGCUGGUACAAAAGUUGCGCAGGAUGUUCUGGUCUUCUCCCUGAAGCUCAUGACUGAUGACUGGAUGGUUGAGCGGCCAUCCAAUCAGUAUUUCCUGGGGCAGUUCAUGAACAUAGAAGCCUCCGUGAAGCAGUACAACCAUGUUCCUCUGCGUGUCUUUGUGGAUGGCUGUGUGGCUACUGCUGUCCCUGAUGUGAACUCUGUUCCCAGAUAUUCCUUCAUUGAGAAUCAUGGGUGCCUGGUUGAUGCAAAGCUUACCGGAUCUCCUUCCAGUUUCAUUCAACGGGUUCAGGGCGAGAAGCUGCAGUUUUAUUUGGAAGCUUUCAGAUUCCAGCAAGCCAGAAGUAGCUCUGUCUUCAUCACAUGUACUCUAAAAGCAGUCAAGGCUUCAAGCCCCAUAAGUCCAGAGAGCAAGGCUUGUUCCUUUGCCAAUGGAUGGACUUCUGCUGAUGACAAUGACCAGGUUUGCAUGUGCUGUGACUCCACCUGUGGCUAUAGCAGGAAAGAGAUGGCACCAUCUGAUUCAGGUAGUGGGAUGACUGACAAUGAGCUUGUGUACAACUUCACCUUUCUCUACACUCCUGAGGAUUUAGUUGGAACUCUCAUCAUAAGAGUUAAUGCUGCUGCUAUGACUGACUGUUUGAGCAGCCAUUCAAUAAGUAAUUCCUGGUUCAUGAACAUUGAAGCCUCUGUGAAGCAGUACAAUCAUGUUCGUUUACGUGUCUUUGUGGAUGGCUGUAUGGCUACUGUGCUCCCUGAUGUGAACUCCCUUCCAAGAUAUUCCAUCAUUGAGAACCAUGGGUGCCUGGUUGAUGCAAAGCUUACAGGAUCUCAUUCCAGUUUCAUUCACCAGAUUCAUGGCAAGAAGCUGCAGUUUCAUCUGGAGGCUUUCAUAUUCCAGCAAGCCAAGAGUGGCUCAGCAUAUGGACUUCUGCUGAUGACAAUGACCAAGUGUGCAUGUGCUGUGAAUCCACAUGUGGCUACAGCAGGAAAGGGAGAGCACUAUCUGAUUCAGGCCUGGUAUCAACAUGAUUGUCAAGAAUACCCAGACUCGGAGAUGGUGUUGAACCCAAUCGCUGGAGUGGAGAGCAAUCGUCGGGUGAUCAGGAUCACAGGAGUGGAGCGGAAUUAUUCGGAAUCUUGUGAAGAAGUUCCUUGGAGGACCAGCCAUCGUUAUUGUGAUCGCCGGACACCGCACAUUUACGACGCUGUGGAGAUGGGCCCCCUGCUCCUGCGCGCCCAGCUGCGGCACAACACACCCGCCCGGGCAGUUGUGACGGAUUACGACUCCACCAUUGCUGACUGGUCCUAA